CGUACUUGCAGUCUAUUCCGUAUUGUGUUUCCUUGCGUCUUUUGGAGAGGGCAACAUGUACUGCUUUCUGACCGACGAAGGCACUUUUCACGCGACUUCGGCAUGGACGUGCUGUACCGCGCACUGAGGCACGCGGACGGUGUCCGCAUCAGAAGCCAGCGGGAGCUUUCCAAACAGUCACAAUGUGACUCCGGGAUGUGUAUCUGAGACGGACUGAUGCCACCCACGUACGCCCGUAAUGUGAUGCGACUCCCCUUGGGGCAGCGGACCAGCGUUUCUGUCUAACGCAUCUAUGGGUGCUUUGGAACCUAACAGAGGCAGGUAUAUACCGAAGUACUGGAGCAGCAGACUCAGUGUAUAUUCACUACAAUGCAGAUCCAAUCCGGCCUUCGCCGCAGCUGAGCCGAGUCCCGGCGCGGCCCUGUGGCUCCGUUUUGGCACUUUCCGUCAGGAGUGGCCCCUCCCAGCCGGAGGAGCUAGCGGCAAAGAUCACUUCUGGUGCCAAGCUGGUUCUUCGUGUGUCCUGGGGAGGUGGUCCCAGCGGCGUUCAUAAGCAGAGUGGAGCCCCCACAACAGCCUGUAGCCUCAGUCAGCAGCAGGGACGGCGCACGAGCAGGAAGCAUGCUCCAAUCGUUUCCACGAGGAAUCUAAGCAACCCAUCAAGGAAGGCUCGUUUGUUCCAUGCGCAGAGAGUAAGAUCAACAACACAUUAGACUGGAACACAGGCUCAACAGUGUCAACAAAUGAGUUUGGGUUAUAGCGUCAUUCGAGAAGGAGAUAAUGGGUGAUAACGUUCCGCUCCACCGUAUAAACUCGGAACUGCAUGAAACAGUGAUGCAGAGAUGACUGAACCGCAGCCUAAGCUUCUGUUCUAAGCAUGGGAACUGAAUGUGUGCACCGAACAUGACUUCUGAAACAACUGACUUCUAAAAACUGCCUGAUUCAGAAAACAGCCCGCUGCUUUUCUUGUGUGUUUGAUGCGGAAGCAAAUUAAACAAACAGUAUAAACUGGCGUUUUUACCCCACGUGAAGCAACACUUUUCUUUGAAAAACAUCAGAGUAAAAGCAGCAGAGAUUGAUGGAUGAAUACAACAUCACUGCCGAGUUUUACCUUCCAAACACAACUGGCAGCUCGGGGAGACCAGAGGCCUGGGACAAAGCCGCGCUCCUGGGGCUGCAGAUCUCCCUCGCCGCUCUGCUGGCUGUGGUUACCCUGGCCACCAUGCUGUCCAACGGCUUCGUCAUCGCAACCAUCGUCCUCACCCGCAAGCUGCACACGCCCGCUAACUUCCUGAUCGGCUCCCUGGCGCUGACCGACCUGCUGGUGUCCAUCCUGGUCAUGCCCAUCAGCAUUGUCUACACGGUGAGCAAGACGUGGAGGCUGGGCCAGGUGGUGUGCGACAUCUGGCUGUCAUCGGACAUCACCUUCUGCACCGCAUCCAUCCUGCACCUGUGCGUGAUUGCGCUGGACCGCUACUGGGCGAUCACGGACGCACUGGAGUACUCCAAGAGGCGGACCACGCGGCGGGCGGCGCUCAUGAUCGCCGUCGUCUGGGUUAUCUCCGUCUCCAUUUCCAUGCCGCCGCUGUUCUGGAGGCAGGCCAAGGCCCACGAGGAGCUGACGGAGUGCCUGGUCAACACAGACCAGAUCUCGUACACGCUCUACUCCACAUUCGGCGCCUUCUAUGUGCCCACCGUGCUGCUCGUUAUCCUCUACGGGCGAAUCUACGUGGCGGCACGCUCCAGGAUCUUCAAGGCCCCGUUGUCACACGGGAAGCGUUUCACCACGGCGCAGCUCAUCCAGACGUCAGCCGGGUCGUCUCUCUGCUCCCUCAGCUCCUCCGCCCACCCGGAGGGGCAUCUUCAUCCUGGAGGAGGAGGAGGAGGAGGAGGAGGAGGGUCUCCGCCCUUCACCAACAGCGUGAAGGUGAAGCUGGCAGACAGCGUGCUGGAGAGGAAGCGUCUGUGUGCGGCAAGGGAGAGGAAGGCCACAAAGACCCUGGGCAUCAUCCUGGGUGCCUUUAUCGUGUGUUGGUUGCCGUUCUUCGUGGGAACGCUGGUGACAGCCAUUUGCAAGAAGUGCUGGUUCCACCCGCUGCUCUUCGACUUCUUCACCUGGCUGGGAUAUCUCAACUCGCUUAUCAACCCCGUCAUCUACACCAUGUUCAACGAUGAGUUCAAACAGGCCUUCCACAAGCUCAUCAAAUUCAAGAGGUGCUACUGAACGGGGCCAGGCGUCCAGAACCCGUCGGACCCUGUGGUCCAUCGGAAACAAUGCUGAUAGAGUUCCAUCCAAACUGAUCUCAGACCCAGCCAGGCUGGGUCUUCAGACCAGACAUGAGCAACCUUAAAUGUUUUCUGUAGCAUUUGCUUCGGUGUAUUAAAAUGCAAAACCCAUGUUCAUAUGGUCUGGUCGUGACAUGUUUUCACAAAAUUAAACCACAUAACACAGCCUGUAAAAAGAUAAAUAUUUGUGCCAAUCUGUAUGUUUUCCAGUAGAUUUGUGUGUGCAUGCAUAGCUUAUGGUUCCGAACAUUAGAAAACCUGAACCCAACCAAAAGACUGUCAAAAGAAAAAGGACUCAUGAGAGAACUGUCUCUGCAAAGACACUAAUCUGGAAUGCUCUGAAAUUCUCUAAAAUGGAAUUUAAAAAAAGGUUUUUUGCAGAAAUUGGUCAAACCUCUACAUAAGAUCUAUCUGUCCAUCAUAAUCUGUGCUCCUGAAGUUCUUGGAGAUGAAUCCGGUUUAUGUUAGAUGUUUAAAUCAUAACGUUCAUUCCAUGGGGAUCUAACAUUCUGGGUGUAGAUCAGUUCUUUGUCCUUAAAUUUCUUUACUUCAUUUAUGCCAUAGCAACAACUGGCAGUGCACACAGCUGCUAUUAAUGCGAUGUCCGUAGCGUUAAAAUGCUUUGCUAUUGGAAAUGGCAAAUCUUUCAUUCUGAUUGUCUGAAGGUGUUCAGUGAAAUGAUUGGCAAGCUUCCUUUUAGGUUCUCCAGUG